AUGGAAACAUUUGCAAUUUGGUUAUUAAUGGUUGGAUUAUAUAGAGUUUUUAUGAGUUUUUUGAUUUUGAUACAAACUGAUGUUCUAAAAAAAGUUAUCUACCCUUUAAAACCAAUUGAAGUUUCACCACUAUUUUGCAGAAUGGCUUUUAUGUGGGUAAUUUCAAAUGCAAUUUUAACUAUUACCACUUCACUAAAUAUGGAUAAUAAACCGUUAUAUUUCAUAACAUGGUUAACUUUUGUGAUUGGUUUAUCACAUUUUAUGUUAGAGCAAUUUUAUUUCAAAACAAAUACAUUAAAAAGUAAUUUAUCACAAUUAUUUUUUGCAACUCCUUGUUUGGUUAUUAUGGGAAUAAAAUUAUUGAAUUGGUAA